AGGCGUGACAGUCGAGAGAGGAAGUGAUGAGGGCUGAUGAGGAUCUGACGGCAAAGUGUGGCUACAAGACCAACAAAGUGGACGUUUGGUUAGAUUAUGCAGAAAAUAACUAUAGACGAGACAGGAUCCGGCUGUCGGGAAACACCGCAGUGGAGAAAGGUGGAGAACCCGGAGAGAACAUGCAAACUCAACACAGAGAACCCCAGGACGUGAGCGGACUACAGACCGAUAUGGCGGAGCUGGAGGGCCUGGAGUUCGGGAAGUCAGACUUCGUGCUCCUGGACGAGGUGACGAUGGAGCAGUUCAUGGAGAAUCUGAAGUUGAGGUUCGAGAAGGGUCGCAUCUACACCUACAUCGGCGAAGUGGUCGUCUCCGUGAACCCUUACAGACAAAUGGACAUUUACGGGAACGACACCAUCGCCGCGUACCGCGGCCGGGAGCUGUACGAAAACCCUCCUCACCUGUACGCCGUGUCGGAUGCGGCCUACAAGGCCAUGAAGAGGAGGGCCAAGGAUACCUGCAUCGUCAUAUCAGGGGAAAGUGGCGCAGGGAAAACGGAGGCCAGUAAAUACAUAAUGCAGUAUAUAGCGGCCAUCACAAACCCAAGCCAGAGGGCGGAGGUCGAGAGCGUGAAGAACGUGCUGCUCAAGUCCAACUGUGUGCUGGAGGCCUUCGGGAACGCCAAGACGAAUCGCAACGACAACUCCAGCCGCUUCGGCAAGUACAUGGACAUCAACUUCAACUUCAACGGCGAUCCCACCGGAGGCCACAUCAACAACUACCUGCUGGAGAAGUCCAGGGUGGUCCAGCAGCAAGAGGGGGAGAGGAACUUCCACUCGUUCUACCAGUUACUGCGCGGAGGCUCUGAUGACAUGCUGCGGUCAUUUCACCUCCAGAGUGAUCCUGCUGUUUAUGCGUACACCAAAGAGGGAGCUGCAACAGCCACCUCCAACAACGAUCGCUCGAGCCACAGAGCUGUGAUGAGUGCACUGGAAGUGAUCGGCUUCUCAAAAGAGGAGAUUAACUCAGUCUGUCAGAUCCUCGCCUCCAUUCUUCUGCUGGGCAACGUGCAGUUUGAGAGCGACAGUGAGAGUGUUCAGAUCCGGGGACUCGAGGCCGUGGGCCACAUCGCCGAGCUGACUGCCACAGACCCGGAGGGCCUGGGCAAGAGCCUGCUGUUCCGCACCGUGGCCACCGGGGGCGGCGAUGUCAUCGAGAAGGGUCACACGGAGCAGCAGGCCUGCUUCGGACGGGACGCGUUUGCCAAGGCUCUCUAUGACAGACUUUUUGGCUGGAUUGUCGGCCGCAUCAACAGCGUCAUCGAAGUGAAAGACUACAACCCAGUGCUCCAUGGGAAGAACACGGUGAUCGGAGUGCUGGAUAUCUACGGCUUUGAGAUCUUUGAGAACAACAGUUUUGAACAGUUCUGCAUCAACUACUGCAACGAGAAGCUGCAGCAGCUUUUCAUCGAGGUGAUCCUCCGGCAGGAACAAGGAGAAUAUCAAAGAGAGGGCAUCACCUGGCGACAUAUCGACUACUUCAACAACCAGAUCAUUGUUGAUCUCGUGGAGCAGCCGCACAAGGGCAUCAUCUCCAUCCUGGACGAGGCCUGCCUCACCGUCGGGAAAAUCACCGACACGGUCUGCCUGGACAGCAUGAACACCAAACUCGCCCAGCACCCGCACUACACCUCCCGCAAGCUCAGUCCCACUGACAAAACCAUGGACUUUCAGAAACACUUUCGCAUCCGCCACUAUGCUGGAGACGUCACGUAUUCCGUCGAGGGCUUUUUGGACAAAAACAAGGACCUGCUUUUCCAAGAUUUCAAGCGUCUCAUGUACAACAGUUCCAACCCGGUCCUGAGGGAGAUGUGGCCAGAUGGUCAGCUGAGCAUCACCGAGGUCACCAAGCGACCUCUGACCGCCGCCACCCUCUUCAAGAACUCCAUUGUGGCCUUGGUGGAUAAACUGGCCUGCAAGGAGCCGUACUACGUGCGCUGCAUAAAGCCCAACGAGAUGAAGUCGGCCGUGCUGUUUGACGACGCCCGCUGCCAGCACCAGGUGGCCUACCUGGGCCUGCUGGAGAACGUGAUGGUGCGCAGGGCGGGCUUCGCCUACAGGCAGCCCUACGCCCGCGUCCUGCAGCGGUACAAAAUGACCUGCGAGUACACCUGGCCAAACCACCUGAUGGCCUCAGACAGGCAGGCCGUGGAGGCCAUCGUCAACCACUACGGUUUCCAGGACGACGUGGCGUACGGCCACACGAAGCUGUUCGUCCGAACGCCGCGGUCCCUCUUCGCCCUGGAGCAGGAGAGGGCCGCGGUCAUCCCCAUCCUGGUGCUCUUCCUGCAGAAGGUGUGGCGCGGGGCCUUAGCUCGCAUGCGCUGCCGGCGGAUGAGGGCCAUCUACGCCAUCAUGGGCUGCUAUAAGCGCUACAAGGUCAAGGCUCACUUCUGGGAGGUGGUGCGGCGGUUCGCCAAUGUGCGAACUAUGGCCGACUACGGAAAGAGCGUGGAGUGGCCGACCCCGCCGGCGACGCUGCUCCAGUUUCAUAGUAACACGGUCAUGCUGCAUCGCAGGUGGUGGGCGAGGCAGAUCGUGAAGAACAUCCCCCCGUCCGACAUGCUGGAGGUGCGGGCCAAGGUGGCGGCCCAGUCGACCCUGAGCGGCGAGAGGAAGGACUGGGGCUUCGGGAGGGCCUGGGAGAGGGACUACCUGGCCAAUGUGCGGGACUCCCCGCAGACCAGCUCCGGCUUCAUCCGCGCUUCCAAGGAGCUGAGGAACAAAAACGAGUACAGUCAGGUCCUCUUCUCGUGCUUCUGCAGGAAGGUGAAUAGGUUCAACAAGAGCACGGACCGCGGCCUGCUCGUCACGGACAAGUACGUCUACAAAUUAGAGCCGAGGAAACAGUACAAGGUUUUGAAGAGGCUUCCCUUAGACGCCUUUACGGGACUGAGCGUGACCAGCGGUGCUGACCAGAUGGUGGCGCUACACACGUCCUCUGAGGACGAUGUCCUGCUGUGUCUGCAGCGAGGGGAGCUGUGCCCCAACCAGGACCGAGUGGGCGAGCUGGUGGGAGCGCUCGUCGACCACUUCACACGUGUGAGAAAUGUCCAGUUUCCUGUGAAGGUUUGUCGUUCGGCCGUGCAGCUUCACAUGCGAGGGAAACCCAAGAGCGUCACAGUGGAAACGAAACCUGGACAGACUAACGCAGAUUUCAAGAAGAGUCGAGACGGUUUCAUCCUGCUGGUCCCCGGCAACUAGGAGAGACCAUCCCACCGAACCACAGACGGACUGACCUCAUGGAUACUGUAGAUACCACUGGAGCUCUGUGUGCUCUCUACAGUGUCACGCGAUACCAUCCAUACCUGAACUGGUCAAAAUAUCAUCGAGGUUGAUGUAAAUGGCAAAAACAGGUCUGUAAAUCUGCGUCUGUCUCAGCCCACACGUAGGACUUUUUGAAUUGCAGUUUCACGACAAGUUUAACGUAUUAGAGUAGCAGAGUUGCAGGCAGGAUCUGCUUUCUUACUCCUGAGCUGCGGGGGGACAAUGGUCAAUGUUCACCGGACAUAUGAGGCGAAUACAUUGGGGAGCAAAUUUGUGAAAUUAGGAUGUUUAUGUUGGUGUAGAGCCUCACAGGACACAGCAGCAAUACAUACGCGUAUGUCUUAGCAGUCUUUUUUUUUUAUCGAUAAGAUAUUUUGAAGUUAUAUUAUCAAGACAAAAAUUUAAAUGAAAUUUUCUUGCUGACAAAUUGUACUUUGCGAUGCUUAAAUUCAGUCUUGAAAAACAUCUAGAGUAUAUUUUUUACAAUCAGUUGAACUGAUGAAAUAUUAAACUCUCUUUUUUUGCCUUAUUCCCUGCUGCUGUUAUUCCAUGUCAGAAGUAUCAAAAAUUAGAAAUAAAAACAAGCCCCGUGGUAGAAAAUAAUUCA